CAUAGCUUUAAAUAUUCUUGAAGCUUGAUUUGUAAAUGGAAGCCAAUAGUGGAAAUAGGGUAAGUUUUUUGCCUCCUGGCCUCAGAUUCUGCCCUUCUGAUGAAGAUCUUGUUCUUCACUUUCUCUAUCAUAAGGCUUCUCUCUCCCCAACAGAUCAUUUUUCCAUUUCCUUCAUUCCUCAUCUUCAGCUUCAUCUCUAUAACCCUUGGCAGUUCCAUGGGAAGGCACUUUCAAAUGGGGCCAAUGUCCAUUACUUUUUCAGCACAGUGACAGAAUUGGAAAGUAGAUCAGCAACAGAGAAUGGAUAUUGGAAGGAUGUUUUAAUGGAUGAGCCAAUAGUGUGCAGUGGCAGUGGAGACGAAGUGGGAAUAAAAAAGUAUCAUAUUUUCUUUGUUAGAGAUGGCCCAACAAAAGCAGCCAUUCAGACCAAUUGGGUGAUGCAAGAGUAUCGCAUUUACACCUACCUUUUGAGCACCCAUGGCCCAUCUCAAAAUGUUCUACCAAAAACUAAAUCAGACUUUGGAUUAUGGGUUCUAUGUCGAGUUUUCGAAGCUAAAGAGAAUGGUGAAAGGAGUAUCUUUAGUUAUGAAGAAGAUGAAGAUAAUGAAAGUGAACUUUCAUAUUUGGACGAGAUGUAUUUGUCUUUAGAUGAUAUUUGAAUUACCUAAGGUUUGUUUUUUUAUUUUUAUAAAUCAUGCUUUUUUUU